UUAACCCAGUAGUGACAUACAUCCGUUUCCUUUUCACCGGAGCAAAGAUGGCGGAAUACGACCUCACCACCAAAAUUGCCCACUUUUUGGACCGUCAUCUCGUUUUUCCUCUGCUUGAGUUCCUUUCUGUCAAAGAGAUUUACAAUGAGCAGGAGCUGCUUCAUGGAAAACUGGACCUCCUCAGUGAUACCAACAUGGUGGACUUCGCCAUGGAUGUGUACAGAAGCCUUUUUUCUGAGAAGGACAUACCCCCAACCCUAAAGGAGAAGAGGACAGAGGUGGUGGCCCAGCUGAAGCAGCUGCAGUCAGAGACAGAGCCCAUUGUGAAAAUGUUUGAGGACCCGGAGACAACAAGGCAGAUGCAGUCCACCAGAGAUGGACGAAUGCUCUUUGACUAUUUGGCAGAGAAACAUAACUUUCGUCAGGAGUACUUGGACACGCUGUACAGAUACGCCAAGUUCCAGUACGAGUGUGGAAACUACUCCGGCGCUGCAGAGUACCUCUACUUCUUCCGCGUCUUGGUCCCGGCUACAGACAGGAAUGCCCUGAACUCCCUGUGGGGCAAGCUGGCCUCUGAGAUCCUGAUGCAGAACUGGGAGGCUGCCAUGGAGGACCUCACCCGCCUGAGGGAGACUAUCGAUAACAACACUGUCACCUCCCCGCUCCAGGCCCUCCAGCAGAGGACAUGGCUCAUUCACUGGUCCCUCUUUGUCUUCUUCAACCACCCCAAGGGCAGAGACAAUAUCAUUGAGCUCUUUCUGUAUCAGCCACAGUACCUCAAUGCUAUCCAGACUAUGUGCCCACACAUCCUGCGUUACCUGACCACAGCCAUCAUCACAAACAAGGAUGUCCGCAAGCGUCGGCAGGUCCUGAAGGAUUUGGUGAAGGUCAUUCAGCAGGAGUCUUACACCUACAAGGAUCCUAUUACAGAGUUUGUGGAGUGCCUGUAUGUGAACUUUGACUUUGACAGUGCCCAGAAGAAACUCAGGGAGUGCGAGUCGGUCCUUGUGAAUGACUUCUUCCUGGUUGCUUGUCUGGAGGACUUCAUUGAGAACGCCCGUCUCUUCAUCUUCGAGACCUUCUGCAGAAUCCACCAGUGCAUUAGCAUCAACAUGCUGGCAGAUAAACUGAACAUGACGCCCGAGGACGCUGAGAGAUGGAUCGUCAAUCUUAUCCGCAACGCCAGGCUGGAUGCGAAGAUAGACUCCAAACUGGGCCAUGUGGUCAUGGGGAACAACGCCAUCUCACCUUACCAGCAGGUGAUUGAGAAGACCAAGAGCCUCUCGUUCCGCAGCCAAAUGUUGGCCGUGAACAUUGAGAAAAAGCAGGCCCAGAGCACCAAGACCGAGACACCCAACUGGGCAGGUACCGAAACUGGAUUUUAAGCGACACAGUGAAGAUGGAUCCAUCCUGUUUUACAUUGGAACUUUUUCCAAUCUUUGUAUCUCAUGAAGCACAGUGCUGACUUGUUUAAGUCAUCACCAAUUCAAUAAAAGUGACCAACAUAACAAUUUUCA